AGCUGUAGAGUGACAAAGCGGGGUUACCCCGAUUGUAAGUUCUCCAGUUCUUCAGUGCUACCACGGGGAACAAAGUCGUGAGAGGGGACGCACGAGUGAGGUCGUGGCACACUGACUUGUGUAACUCGAGACUUACUAUUUAGUUCGGUGUUAUGUUUGUGAGACAUCGACAUAGCUGACCAACUGAGGGAGAAUUAUAGGGAGGCAGGAGGCGACAGUGAGACAGAGGAGGUAGAGGUAACGUUAGUCGAACGUGGGGAGGUGGCGAAGUAAGCGGACAAGGCACCGUAGUUUUCUUGGAAUCUAUUGCAUGUCAUUUUCAACUCAUACUCUGCACGGAAGGAGCUAAAUUCGCGAGACUGGGGCACGUCUGGAGGAAGCGCCAGUCCGUAAUUCCUUUAGGCUACAAUGAAGAAAAACAAUUCAGCGAAACGGGGCCCGCAGGAUGCUAACCAGCAGUCCUCGCAGCCAGACAAAGUCGGAUGGAUCCGCAAAUUCUGUGGAAAAGGGAUUUUCAGGGAAAUCUGGAAAAACCGUUUUGUUAUGCUCAAAGGAGACCACCUCUACAUCUCAGAGAAAGAGGUGAAAGAUGAGAAGAAGAUCCAGGAUGUGGUCGACCUGACAGACUACGAGCGCUCGGAGGAACUGCGUAAAGCCAAGAGCCGCAGCAAGAAAAACCACAGCAAGUUCACCCUUCUGCGCUCCCGGCAGCCCGGCAACACGGUCCCCAAUCUAAUCUUUCUGGCGGUUAGUCCAGAGGAGAAAGAGUCUUGGAUCAACGCAAUCAAUGGAGCCAUCACAAAGGCCAAGAACCGCAUCCUGGAUGAGGUCACAGUGGAGGAGGAGAGUUUCCUGGCCCACCCAACACGUGACCGAGCAAAGAUCCCACACACGAGACGCUUGCCCACUCGUGGGCACCUCAUGGCUGUGGCGUCCACCUCCAGCUCAGACGGAAUGUUGACCCUUGACCUAAUCCAGGAAGAGGACGCGCCGGACUCCUGCGACAAGAACCUGCGGAUCACCGUGGACAAGUCACCCGCGUCUUCCAGCUCCACCCCCACCUCCUCCGACCCCCAGCGCCUGAACCCGGACUCCGCUCGCACCUCCCCAGCCUCGGGCGCCGCCUCCGCCUCCGCCCAGAGCAAGUCGCAGUCCCUUCCCCGCCAUGGCGACAUCCCGUGGGAGUGCUCGGGCGGCGAGUCCAGCGGAGGCGCCGGGGGGGCGCAGACCCCGCAGACCGGUCGCAAGCUGACGCCGGCCGAGAAGAGCCGCUGCGCCUCCAUGGACGAGAUCCUGUCACACUCGGAGACGCGCGUGGGUGGCGCCCGCCGGCCCGGCAUACCACACUGCCCGACCUCGGCGCCCGCCGCCACGCUGCGGCCCAUCAACCAGCUGCAGGACCUCAUCUGCCAGAAGCUGGAGCGGACUCAGGAACUGCUGACCGAGGUGCGCAGCGGUGGGGCCAGCGAGAAGGACGGCGCCGGCGCCGGCAGCGUGCGGGCGGAGGCCGAGCGGCUCCUGGAGGAGGCCACGUCCACGUGGGGGCAGGCGCGCGACGUGCUGGAGGAGGUCAAGGAGCUGCGGGCGCUCUGCAAGCACCUGGACUCGAGCGUCGCUGGUGCCGCGGUCGGUGUCAGCGCCAAUGGCGGGCUGACCAGCUCGGUGUCGGCCCACAACAGCCCCACCACACUGGGCAGCAAGCUCAAGAGCCCGCAGCAGACUCACUACAGGAAGAGCCUGAUGUGAUGUGCUGAGAGACAGGAAAUGGACCACACGAUUGCUUCGCUGAUGAAUGAUGAGAUUAACACCCCGCGCCACCCCCUCUCCACCACCCCUUUCUGCCACCCCUGCUCUUACUGUGUGCAAAAUUAGAAAGAACGGAAAACCCAGAGUCACUCAGAAACUGAAACUGAAUGAAAUUAGAUAUAUUUCGCCUGAAAUGUAUUUACAGUUAUGCUUUUGCAUCUCUUUGUUGGUGAUGCAGGCAGUUUCACAGAAAUAUGGUAUGUCUGUGUUGAGGCAAUGACACAUCCCCCACUGUCGAGCUGACUUCUAUACUGAACACUGGGACCCACAGAAGUCUGAAUUGUCUAGAUGUGAGAGUGCUUGUGGGUGAAAAGGUGUGUGUGAGUCGGUCUGAGUCUCUGAGUCUGUCCCCCGGCUGCUCUGCAUCAUUGAACUCUCAGGGGUAUGUGUGUCUGUACAAUGCUGGGUCAUUAAUUGGGGGAGGGGGGUUAUGAAAUACAGCCCAAAUCAGGAGGGGGGUGGGCCUGGUGAAGCUGGACAGAGGGCAGCCGCCUCGGACAGAGGGCACACCGAUCCCCGACCCCGACCCCCGUCCUUCUGCCAGCCCGUUGGAAUGUGAAUGUUUUCCUUUUAACGUCCCAGAACACACUGGAAGGUCUCCACUCUGCCACGGGGGACACCCCCUCUCCCGACCCCCCCCACCCCCUCUGCACCUAACAGGGCGGAUGGACGGAUGGUUCUGUGUGCGCGACGCUCCUGUUUGCACAGGGGUGUUUGGCGGAAGCGCCGCUAUUGGGACCUCAGCUGACAUCCAUGUGGUCGUGAUUAGAUAAGAUUAGACCAGGGGCCUCAGGUCCGUGUGCCGGUAUGAUAAAAAGCCAAUUUUAGACCCGCAAGCGGCGUUGUGUGCUGACUGUCGGUGUUCCACGUUUCAGUGAGGCAGUGGUUUGGCUAAGCUGUAACAGCAGGUCCAACCCCCAGUCAGCCGGUCCACAGACACACCAAAAUAAGCCAUGUGUAUUUAUAUUGCGCUGAGUACCUACGAAGGCUGGAGUUUGGAGUAGUUCUUGGUGUCGAGAGAAUCAGGUAGAACCGCAAAUCUGAAUCGGACUUCAAACCCAUGCAGUAACGAGAAAAGACUGAGGUGGAGGUCACGGAUAGAGAGAGAGGCGAGAGGUGGAGUAAUGACCACACAUGUUAUUGCACUAUAGACUAUGCUGUAAAACGAGCCGAGUGACACUGGCACGCUGUCUUUGAGGAGUGACUUCAAAUCAAACAAACGACCUAAAGCGGCAGAAGAGACAAUCUACUGUAGCCAGGAAAUCACAGGGCCAGCAUGAGGCCCUUGACUUCUUACACCUAAGUGGCAUUUCCAAAACUGGUGUCAUCCAAAAAAAAAACUACCCUUAAGCUGCCUUAGUGUACCUUCUAUGAGCCCGUGCACGCACACAGUAAUCUGAGCUCUUACACACACCAGUGCGUGUGUGUGUGUGAGCUUGUGCUGUACCACUCUCAGUGUCCGCAGUGCUUUGAGGGGGCUGGUGUGAACUGGAAAACCCUGACCUCAGUGGGUUGUGCAAAAGCUUUGGCGGUUGUUGUUGUCUGUUUUUCAGAGUUUGGGUGACUAUGCAAUGUUGCUUACAAACAUGAAAUGAAGUCAUGAACAUUGAUAAACGCUGGGUCGCAGUAUAGGUCUGAGAGUUAAAAUGACCAAAAGGUAUGUCUUGCCAGUAGCCCACUCCCUGUUUUACAGUUCCUGUGUAGGUUAAUGUGUUUGCACAAUUCCGUGAUUACAGUUCAAUCUGUUCUGUCAUUCACACUUAAAUUACCAACAGUGUUAUAUAUAUAUUUUUUUUGUAUUUUUAUUGUUUAAAGUGCUUUUUUAGGGCAAUAAAGAAAUGCUUGAUUUUAAGGACAACAAAAAAGGAGUCUGUGUUUCCAAAUAAAAAUGUCUGAUUUCACAUGUACAAAGCAACAUUCUGAGCACCAUACAUCAAAAUCACACAUUCCCAGGUGACAUGAAAGGGUGCAGAUAAUGGUUGGAGGAAAUUGGAUCUGCCAAAGUUGUACUAAAGCACAAGAGUCCCCAAUACAAUGAGAGUGAUGUUUCUCUUUUUGGUCAAUUCCAAACCAUGCAGCAUUCCCACCAUGUCCUGAUUAUACCCUCUUUUUGCAGCACUGCCUUUAGUCUGAAAUAAGAGACCUUCUUGAAUGCCACCGUAUCCCUGUUUGCUAGUAACUAUCUUUUAAGUUUUGCUUAAGUAAGAACACAGCCGCAAAAAAUCUUGCAGCUGUAUCUCACAAUUAACGACCCGUCCUUUGAGUUUGCCUGUCCUGGCACGAUAGCAUAGUGAUGACCAUAUAGUGAUGAUGAUGUUGAUGGUGUGCCUGACGUUGCUAUCCGACAGCUGAACCCAGUGGCCUGGGCAUCUGUCAGUGUCCACAGCUCAUUAUCUUGAAUGUCCUGGAAGCACGGCAGAGGGUUCACAGAAGGUUUUCAUCUGAAGUAAUUUGUCUUGGCAGACGCCAGGUGCUUAUUUGCCUGGCGACUCUUUUACUCUGUCAAAAGUCCCCUUGAAGCAGAGUUGCUGUGUUACAUAAUCACUGAAGCCGUCCCACUGAAGGACUCAUUCACAGAUUGUCACAUUGUUAAACAUUUUAAGAUUUUCCCCAGGCAAGUGGCCACAGUUCUGCCAGAUCAAAACAAAAUAGCUCUGAUGGUGCUAAACAGUCCCUGUGUACUUAUUAAGAAUGUCCUUAAUAUUUAAGGUUAAACCAUGUAUGUCUGAUGUGGAUGUCUGGCUUUUUGGCUGCAACUCCAUUUGAAUGACAGAUACUGUAUAUAGACUGACAUUCUGAAGACUAUCAGUUAAAAAGAUCUUAGUGCAAUCAUGGCUAGGAAGAAGUCAGGCUCGGGUUGGACGCUUGCUCAGUGGCAUGACUCCAAAAAAGUAGCAAGUCCACUGCAUGUCCCUCUAUGAACAAGAGAGUCUCUGGAUUUCAGACAGCGAUGCCAAGCCUUACUUUAAGCAAUAACUACUAAACAGUAAGCUAUUCCAAAGGUAAUGAGGCAGUCUGAGAUUUGACCAACUGAUCAUAAACUAAAUGAAUGGCUCCAAAUUGGAUUUAAAAUAUAACCUGACAUGAAGGAAUUCGGGAGUUUGGGUGAGUUGCAGGGGAAGUACUGUUUUGCUUUUCCAUGUAAAUAGCUUUGUCUCCAGAAACUCCAUAUAGGUCACCGACAGCAUUAUGAUUCGGAAUAUGGCGACAAUAUUUCAACUCACAGGAGGUUUGUUAUAGGAUUGCUUUGAUUUUUAACAUGCAGAUGUCUUACUUUUUGUUUGUUCUUUCUUUGACCAUUUUCUCUCUGUACCAACUUCAGGCCUAAACAGCAGUGGAUUAAGCCUUAAGGCUCAGGUUGGAUUGGCAAGGGUAUGUUUUAUAACACAAACAGGGUUUUAUCUCCUGAAAGAUCUCUAGAGGUUUAUGUAAUACUGUUCACUCCUGUUGUGGAAAUGAGAAUGUAUGGUGACAAUGAUGUACGUGAGAAGAGACGAUAACCUGUUAAAUGGCAUUUUACUCUGGCACCCUCCCUCCUAUACUUCAGCCCUUAAUGUUCAGGGUUUCAUUUGAAUAAAUGUGCUAUUUAAAAAAGAAAA